AUGAAGUUCUCUACACAACUUCUACUUCCUUUCUUCCUCGCUCUCGCGCCUUCAGCUUCGGCUGCUUCCCCUAGCGAUCUUCAGGCUCAAAUUGGACACCAUGUCAUAUACUCUUACCCCGGCCUCGAGCCACCAGCCCACCUCCUAGACCUAAUCGCCGAAGGAAAAGUCGGCGGUAUCAUAAUCUUCGGCGAAAAUGUCGGCGACAACCUCACAACCACAAUCGACGACUUCCAGAACACCUACAAGCAGAGCCCGUACUAUUCAGGCAGUCCUUUAUUCAUCAUGACAGACCAAGAAGGUGGCAAAGUGCGCCGAUUGCCCGGCGGACCAGUAGAGAGCGCGAAGCAAAUCGGCCAAGCCGCCAAUCCUGAAGCGGCAGCGACACAAAUGGGCAAAGAUGCUGCGAGCACCCUAGCGACAUACAAGAACAACGUUAAUCUAGCACCUGUGUUGGAUGUUUAUCGCGAGGCCGGAGACUUCGCCGAUGCCUCCGAGCGCUCCUUCAGCAACUCUUCCCGCGUCGUUGGAACAUGCGGGUCGGCAUUUAUCAGCUCGCAGCAGUCGGCCGGUGUGGUCGCUGCCGCUAAGCACUUCCCUGGCCUUGGUGCAGCAGGUGCAGGCGAGAAUACGGAUUUGCAGCCAGUCACCAUUGACUUGACCAUCGAAGAGCUGCGCAAGGUCGAUAUGGCACCGUAUACCCAGGCGAUCGCGGCUGGUGUAGACAUGGUCAUGACUUCGUGGGCUGUCUAUCCUGCUUUGGACCCGACCUACCCGUCCGGGCUGAGCAAGACUAUCAUCCAAGAUGAGUUGCGGGGUAGACUUGGCUUCAAGGGUGUCACUAUCACUGAUGCUGUUGAGGCGGGGGCGCUAGAGGCGUUCGGCGAUCAGGCUGCUCGUGGGUUGUUAGCUGCGCAGGCUGGUAUUGAUAUCUUGCUUGCAUCUAAGAGGGAUGUCACGCAGGGAGAAGAUAUAUACAAUGCUCUGCUUGCUGCAUUGGAGGAUGGGUCGUUGGACCACGAUGCCUUUUCUGCUGCGACCCAGAGAAUUCUGGAGGUUCGGAAGAAGCUAGUUUAG